AUGGCAUCAAGGUUCGGCGGCUCGUCACUCCACCAGCGGGAUCCAAGGAGUGCGCUCUUUGAGAACUAUAACGGCGGCGCGAGCGAUCAGACGCGAGCUGGCAGUGCAAGCCCGAACAAACCGGGGGGGUAUGGAGGUGGAUACGGCUACUCUGGGGCUGCGAAUGGCUCCGCAGGUCUCGGUGGUGGGUUAGGAGUAGAUAGACCGGGUUAUAGACCUGCUACACCAAAUUCGAGAGGCCAAUACAGCGACGCAGUACUUAAUGAACUGGAGAGUCAGAAUGACGGCCAUGUCGAGGGAAUACUGGGCAAAGUCAGACAGCUGAAGGACAUGACUGUUGCAAUCGGCGACGAGAUCCGCGACUCUUCUGCACUAGCAGAGAAGAUGAAUGAAUCUUUUGACGGUACGAGGGUGCGGCUACGGGGAACCAUGAACCGCAUGCUGAUUAUGGCCGAAAAAACCGGCGUGGGGUGGAAGGUCUGGCUGGCUUUCUUCGCAGCGGUGGGCUUUCUCUUCUUCUACGUCUGGGUCUUUUGA